CGGCCCGGAGGGCCCGGAGCGACUCGUCUCGCCAGCGCGGCAACACGCUCAACACGUGCGGCAGACGUCGCGUCGGACCGCCACCGACUCGGACGAGACGUAACGCGAAAGCCCCCGACGCAGCGCGCAACUCUCGUUGUUAUCUGCUUGAGCUGACUGAGUGGCGUGGCGCAUUCCAACUGAUGGUGACACUAGUUUCACGGGCAAAUUUCGGUUCAACGCAAGCAAAACAUUUGUUUUGAGUUGGCUUGUGCCUGGCAGUCUGCUGCACUGAAAAAUAAGACGAGUGUCGAUUGCGGCGACUUCUGCUGAUACCGAGCGUAGUUGGGAGUGGAAGUGUCGUCAAGAAUGAACAGCUGGAGGUGCCCCGCGUCGCGCCGGGCUGUGUCGGAGUGACCACCAGCCACACACACUUGGCGGAGGUCCGCGACCGAGUCGGUGACCCAGUGGGAGACCCAGCCCGCGACCCUGCCCGCGGCCCAGGCCGCGAUGGCCGGCGCGGCGAUGGAGCCCGACGACUUCCGGCUGCUCAACCUGAGCCACUUCAACCUGACCAUGGACGACCUGCAGCUGGCGCUCAACCUGAGCGCGCAGGCCGAGAUGGCGGACUGCUACUGCCCGGCCGCGGUGAGCGACAUCUCCAUGGCGUACCGGCGCUACCACGGCUACGUGUCGCUGGUGGUGUGCGCCUUCGGCAUCCUGUCCAACGCCAUCAACCUGGCCGUGCUGACGCGGCCCUCCAUGGCCACGUCGCCGGUCAACCGGCUGCUGACGGGGCUGGCCAUGGCCGACGUGGCCGUCAUGGUGGAGUACGCGCCCUUCGCCGUGUUCCUGUACCUGGUGCCGCCGCGCGCGCACUCCUCCGAGCUGGGCGCCACCCUGCUGCUCUGGCACAUGCACUACUCGCAGCUCCUGCACACCGCCUCCAUCUGCCUCACGCUCGCCCUGGCCGCCUGGAGGUACAUCUCCGUCAGGUUCCCCGCGCACGCGCCCAAGCUGUGCACGGACGCGCGCUGCUGGUGGGCGCUGCUGCUCUCGCUGCUGGCGCCGCUGCCGCUGUGCGCGCCGUCGCUGCUCGUCUUCUCGGUGCGCCGGAGCAGCCGCGCGGGCGAGGACGGCCGCACCGCGUACCACGUCGACCUCAGCGACCACGCGCGCCGCCACAACCAGCUGCUCUACGAGAGCAACCUCUGGCUGCACGCCGUGGUCGUCAAGAUCCUGCCCUGCAUCAUCCUCACCAUCAUCAGUAUCUCGCUGAUGAACGCCCUGUACACGGCCAAGCAGCGCAAGAAGAAGCUGAGCGGGCAGCAGGCGCAGGCCUUGGCCCCGGCCUCGGCCAAGCCCGCCAAGCAGCAGGUGCAGCCCAGCGCGCGCCGCUCCAGGGCCGAGAAGCGCGCCGACCGCACCACGCGCAUGCUGCUCGCCGUGCUGUUCCUCUUCCUGGCCACCGAGGUGCCGCAGGGCGUGCUGGGCCUCAUGAGCGGCAUCCUGGGCCGCUGCUUCUUCCGGCGCUGCUACCAGCUGUUCGGCGAGGCGCUGGACCUGCUGGCGCUCCUCAACGGCUCCAUCAACUUCAUCCUGUACUGCGCCAUGAGCCGCCAGUACCGCCAGACCUUCCGGCAGCUGUUCGUCGCGCCCUGGGCCUUCAAGGGCUCCAACAACGCCUCGCCGGCCUCGCCCAACGCGUCCACGGCCAAAGGCGCCCUGCCGAACGGCUUUGCGCCGAGGGCACCUGCUGCAAACGGGGUGCCGUCGGCGGCCAGCCCCAAGGCCAGCCCCGCCGCAGGCACCGCGACCGCACGUCCCAGUAGGGCGGCCGUCUCCAACGGGAACGGGUCCGCCACCGCGGCCGCCUCCACCGCCCCCGCCGCCCCCGGAACCUCCGCCCCCGGCGUGCGGCCGCCACAGAGCACGGCGCUGUGA